CGCUAAAACUCACUGUUCUGGUAUCCCCGGAUGUUGAGAUUAGCGGCUUGAGUUUGUUUGGUCUGUAGCAUGAUGUUAUCGUUUCCUCAUACCCAAAGCCCUUGUCUUCAAUUCCGCCGCCUUUCCUCUUCUUCUUCGCAACCAUCAAAGAUGGAUUCCUCCUCCAAAGCCUUAAAGAUGGUCAAGCUGAAGCCCUUCGACGCGACUCCGGCAAGCUUCGCGGAGUUCGGUCAGGUGGUCUCCGCGUCGCCGGACGGACAACAGUACGGGCCCCAUGAUGCCCAGUUGGAGCUCCAUCGCGGUACCCCAAGAUUCUAUAUAAUGCAUUUAGAAGAUCGAGUACUUAAAUUUUCUAAGAUCACUCAUCACGCAAAUGUAACCCAGUGCCUUGGUUCUGUUGGUGGGCAAGAGUGGUAUCUUGGCGUUGCCAAGGCUUCCAUAUUGGAUGAAAGCAAUUCUAGCAAAGAGGAUGGCAGAAAACCCGUGCAAUCAACCUGUGGCCAUUAUUAUAUGCCUCCUCAUCCUGAUGAUGUUUGCAUUUUUCGAGUUGCUGGUCCCAAAUUUCUGAAGCUUAAUGUUGGGACAUGGCAUGCAGGUCCGUUGUUCAAGGCAAAAGCUAUGGAUUUCUAUAAUCUAGAGCUAAGUGACACUAAUGUGGUGGAUCAUACGACACAUAAUUUCAGUCGCAGUGAUGGGGUGAUCUUCUUGGUUGAGGACUAAGGAAAUGUUGUAUAAGCUGUUAGUUCCUUUGGACCAUAAUUUAUGCAUAACAUUCUCUUGUUGCUUAUUGAGAAUCUUUCUGAUGGAGAUCUAUUACGAACAGUGUUUUCUUUCCUAAAUCAGAUUGUUGGGUAAAUUUGUUAGGCAGACAAUGGUUAAAUUGUCUAGAGAGAAUUACUGCAAGUUAUAAGCCAAGCUCCUGCUUCCAAAAA